GCCACAGCAACAGACCGGGUGGUUGGAUUCGGCUUGGGUGCCUUCCGCCUCGUCCUCUUCUUCAGCCUCGUCCUCUUCAUUUACUACACCCUCUGGAUCAUCAUUCUGCCCUUUAUCGACAACGACCAUGGGAUCCACCGGUACUUCUUGCCUAGGGAGUAUGCAGUUAUCAUCCCCGUGGUGGCUGGGCUGCUGCUGCUGCUAUUUAUAGGCAUUUUUAUAAUGGUCGUGAUGUGGAAGAGCAGGAAACCUACCAAGAAAUCGGACUGA